AUGAAGUUUCUCAACCUUCUCUCAGCCUCUUUCGCUCUUUCUACUGCCUUCUUGACACAAGCGGCCCGGCCCUUGGAAAAUCUUGGCCGAGGCGUCGUUGCUGUGCGCGCAAGCGACGAAGCCAUCUUGGUCACCUGGCGUCUUCUUGGACUGGAUCCAUCAGGAAUCGGCUUCAACGUCUAUCGUGUCACGGCGACUUCCCCGACAAAACUCAACGACAAGAUCCUCACGAGCGGCACCAAUUUCCUUGAUUUUACCGCUAAUCCGGAUGAAAUCAAUACCUACUUCGUACGGCCCGUCAUUGACGGCAAAGAACAAGAUGCUAGCGGAUCUUUCAGUCUACCUGCCAAGAAUGCGGUCGAGCCGGUUGUCCGGGUCCCUAUCCGCAGCGGUGGCGCUGUCAAAUUCGUCUGGGUUGGUGAUCUUGACGGAGACGGCGAGUGGGACUAUGUUCUCGACAGACAGACUUCUCCACAGACUAUUGAGGCUUACACCGGUAAUGGGACUUUUCUCUGGGAAGUCAGUCUUGGUCCAAAUAGCGAGAAUCAAAACAACAUAGAGCCGGGAUCAUCGACAAUUGACGUUGGUCAUUGGGAUGGUGUCACCGUUUUCGACUUCGACAGUGAUGGACGCGCCGAAGUUGCGAUUCGUAUUGCCAAUGGAGUUGUGUUUGGGGACGGGAAGACAUUCGGCGAUGGAGAAACGAAUAACUACCAGUCCAUGGCUAUUCUUGACGGGCGCACGGGAGCUCUUCGAGCCUUCGCCCCGGUUCCUACGGAUUACAUUGACGACGGACCGCUCGCCGCCCGCCUUGGUGCUGGGUUUCUGGACGGAGAGACACCCCAUCUGGUUGCGUAUAUGAAGAACCGCAUUGGGUCUGGCGAUUUCAACUUGAUGUAUGUGACCUGGACCUUUGACGGUACAUCUCUGAAGCAGAAGUGGAAGUGGAACCGGGGCUACAAGAAUUUUCCUGACGGGCACAACACGCGCAUCAUUGAUCUCGAUGGGAACGGAAAGGAUGAGGUCCUUGAGAUCGGCUUUGCCUUGAAUGGAGAUGGCACGGAGAGGUACACCCUCGGGGAUCAGGGUAUCAUCCACGGCGAUCGAUUCCAUCUCGCCAAGAUUGACCCGAAUCGUGAAGGGCUUCAGGGGUACGGCGUGCAGCAGCGAAACCCAGAUCUGAUCUACGAGUACUACUACGAUGGGUCAUCUGGCGAGAUCAUCUGGAAGCACGUCGGCAACAACGUGACCGACGUUGCCCGCGGCAUGGUCGGUGACAUUGACCCAACCCAUCCGGGCAUGGAAGUAUGGUCGUUCUCAGGAGUUUACAACGCCAAAGAGAAUGAGCUCACAGAGUCGGACACUGAGCUCGCCCCUUGGCCCCAUCUUGGUCUUUGGUGGGAUGGGGACGAGCUGCUCGAACUUUUCAACGAUGGCAAGUUUGAGAAGUGGGAUUGGGAAAAUCCUAGUACUUCUAACAGUCUCCCUCGAAUAUUGAGAGUCAGCGAUUUCGGCGGAGUGACUGCCGGCAGAUAUCCUAACUUUAUUGGUGACAUCCUUGGUGACUGGAGAGAGGAAGUCAUUGUCACCAAUGAAGCUGCCGAUGAGUUGCUAAUCUUCACGACGGACCAGCCGAGCGAUAUCCGCUUGUAUACUCUGGCUCAUAAUCCUGCAUACCGCAAUGCAAUGACUCUGAAGGGGUACAUGCAAUCUCACCAUGUCGACUAUUUUCUCGGCAAGGAUAUGAAGACGCCACCUCAGCCAAAUAUUCGAUACACAGUUGCGAAGUAG